AUGGUAGGACAAGAAAUUAAUGAUGUGAAAAUCAGCACUGCGUUAAAAAUCACAAGUUUGAUUUCGGGGCUGGCUCUGGCCGUUCUGGCGAUCUAUAAAUUCUCUGCUCUUGGUAUAUUCAACGCCCGAGAUUUUUUUUUGACUAUUUACUAUAUAAUAUUUGGUAUUCUGCUGGCAUUGUCAGAAAUGCCAUGCAAGGUCCUCAUGUCUUGUGUCUCAUUUUUGGGGUUCUAUAUUGGAAAAGCACUGUUCUGUUUAUUUUUGGGAACGAUUGUGUUUGAUACUGGAAAUGCUUUCUUUUUGGUGCUGGCAAUCGUAUUUUGGGUUGAGGGAAUUAUGUAUUUUUCUCUUGCGUGUGGCUGCAAAAAAAAUAUAGUUAAUAAGGAAGAGGAAGGAGGAGAAGGAGAGAAAGGAGAGAAAGGAGAGAAAGGAGAGAAAGGAGGUGCAAAAGCAGAGAAGGCAGAAAAAAUAAAUUAGCUUAUGAUCAAGGAUUUUUCUUUUGAAUUUUGACAUUAGUAAGCCAUUAGACUUGCUCAGCUUAUCCAAGCUUCAAGAUCGAAAAGCUUCCCAAGCUUUUGAAUCCUUUGAAACUCGCAUGACAUAGUCCCUGGCUUGUCAGCUCCUAGAUUGAGUUAUAGAGGUUUCCUCUAUAUAGCGCUAAAAGCGCAGACAUUUUCCCAGGAGCUUUCCAAGUUCGUCGGACCAAAUCGCUUUUUGGUCCGACCAAGGCAUUGAUUUGGUGCAACCUACCGAUAAAUUCCGAUCAGAAUUUAUCGGCCUUACAGCGCCAAACAUAGGAAACUUCUAUAGGUACCAUUUGACUUUUAAAGGACAACUAUUUGGUAUUUCUUUCAAGUAAAGCCUAAAGAUUCUUCAUGGAAGCCCAUACUAUAAAAAGAGGUCAUUAAAUUAUAAAUUAAAAAUGCCAAUGAUUGAACAUAAGUCUCAAGAACUCCAGUCUCCUCUCAUCCCUGCCUCAGCCUGCAAAGCCCGCCAGGAUUGGCAGCUCUUUUCUAUAUAAUGAGAAAAAGAGUCAAGGCUUUAAUAAGCUUGCCAAGAUCUAUAGAAAUUUCUCAUAGAUGGCGCUGUUUGCCCUUGAUUUGCCCAAUUGGGAAUUUUUUUGGUUCGACCAGUCCCAUAUGAUUUUGUCAAACCAAAAAAUUUUUCUCAUGGGCAAAUCAAGGGCAAACACUGCCAUCUAUGGGAAAAUUUCUAUAUAUAUUUUUAAAAUUAAAAAAAUUGUAGGAUAAAUUGCCUUUUUAUAUUAAUAUGUUCGAGAAGACAGACAAAAAAGAAGAAAAUGGGUUUAAGUCUGUUGAUUUGAACUCCCCUGCAGCUGAAAAUGGUGCUGCUGUUUAA